UAACCUGCACUCUUCAGUUUGGCAGUGACAAACAAAGAGGAACUUACAAACCGACCUAAAGCCUCACCUUUACUCAGCGCGUUCUCGUGAGAGGCCUUACCUUUGUGCGCGCCCCCGCCGAGUUUCUCCUCAAACAGGUUUGACCAGGACACACCUACGGAAAGAAAAAGGAAGCUUGUGUACUUCGCCUGUUUUAUUUCGGACUCAGAGGACGACGUGCGGACAGAUUUAAGCUCUUCGUUUGGGAAUUAGUUGGCUACACUUUUUUUUAAUCUCAACAUGAAGAUUUUGAUAGCCUUUAUCGUCGCUACCCUAGCGGCUGGCGCAUAUGCUCAAUGCUCUUGUGAAACUAUGAAAUGGGCUACAUGUGAUGGAAACCCGUGCUCAUGCCACCUACUUGUUGGAAAUGGCACUAAACAAGUUCUGGACUGCGCUAAAUUGAUCCCCAAGUGCUUCCUGAUGCAGACUGAGAUGUACAGAGCCAGGAAAGGCCUGAGCACCCGUACGCUUGGAGGAAAACCCGUCGAAACCGCGUUCGUCGACAACGAUGGCAUCUACGACCCCGAGUGCGAGAGAGACGGUACAUUCAAGGCCAAGCAGUGCAACAACACAGAGACAUGCUGGUGCGUCAACAGCGCCGGAGUCCGCAGAACCGACAAAGGAGACAGAGAUCUGAAGUGCGAGGAGCUGGUGAUGACAUACUGGGUGCGUAUUCAGCUGAAACACAAAGAAAUUUCUGGAAAGGUCGACGCUGCCAACUUGAAAUCCGCUAUUGCAGAUGCCAUUCACAAGCGUUACGUGAACUUCAACAAAGACCUUGUCAAGAACGUUGAGUAUGACCCUAAAGCUCGCCUGCUGGUCGUGGAUAUCGAGCAGCCAAAGGGAGAGCGCAAGAGCGACCUGACUCACAUGGCCUACUACAUGGAGAAAGAUGUCAAGGUUCUGCCCCUGCUGAGAAGCCAGGACCCCUUCAGCCCGACAGUCGGAGGUCAGAAGCUGGAGUUCGAGGACAUUCUGGUUUACUACGUGGACGAGAAAGCCCCCACUUUCACCAUGAAGAAUCUGUCCGGAGGCGUCAUCGCCGUCAUCGUGGUGGUCGUCCUGGCUGUCGUGGCUGGUCUGCUGGUCCUGUUCUUUGCCAACAGGCGCAGGGGCAAGUACAACAAAGCCCAGCAACGGGAGAUGGAAAACAUGUAAAUACUAAAUCGACAGAUAUUGUACAUUACUGAAUGAUGUGGGAACGUGCCACAUUUUUACUUGAGAAUUGCAAAUGGAAAAGGGACAAUCAACUCCAGGCUUUUUAAUGUAUGUGUCGCUAUCUCGUUAAGCCAUUUUAUUUAUGAAUUGUAAAAAUUCUUAAAACCAACACCCGUUAUACCCUUAAAUGCCAUAAAGAACUGUGCUUUUAAAUGUAACAGAUUUUGUUUUGAACCAUGCUCUAGACUGUACAGUUUCUUACCUAUCGUGUGUUUUUGUUGAAAUGUUUUUAAUAAAAGUGUUCUAAAAGACAAA